CUCGCAUGAAUGGCCGUCAGUUCGGUUUUUAAGUUCGCAGCGGUCGCAGGUGUCGCAGGUGCCUCAGUCUCAAUCUGAAACUCAGUUUCCAAAAAAAGAUAUAUAUAUAUAUAGAAAAUCGUAUAAACAUACAGCCAGUGAAGUGCACAAAUCAAAUGGGUAUAUAUCCGAGUUGGAGCAGUGAAAUUUUGCGGCCCAGAAUCGUUGGACUUUUGAAAAGAAGCGCUAAUGAAAAGUCGGAUAGCAGAGUGCAUUGUCUGAUUUUGUAUGCCAAAAAUGAAGGAACCAAAUGCCACACAUUGACGGUUACAUACACAAUAAACAAUCGUUACAAUAUUGAAUAGGAAAACCUAUUCAGAGUUUGUCUUUCUCUUUGGCAUUGUCUAACGCACACGCACACCCAUAAUUUCACCGACUUCGCACUAUAGUUUAGUGAAAUAUGCCAAAAACGUUCAAAAUUAAUUGCCUUUCGCACACACCGUCGCCUCCUUUUUGCCCCUCUUCCAAAUCGUGAUUUGUGGCAAUAUGGCCAUAGAGCCAUAUAGUUACGUUCCAGUGAUCGAAUUCGAUUUUACAGUUCAUUAAUCGCGCCUGAUCGUAAUUGUUUUUCAUUGCUGGCAAAGUAGUUGAGAAUUUGUUACGAAGAUCCAAGAUCCCGAGAUCAUUGGUCCAUGACAGCUUGAUUUGAUGGGUGUGGAUCGGAUUCAGAUUCGGAUUCGCAAUCGCAAUCCAAGAACGGGGUUCGCAUCUGGCAGAUCUCUUUAAUCCGCGAUCGGAUGUCGGCCAGUGAGCUAGUUUCUAUCUGAGCUGGAGUCAUUUGCAUAGCAAAGUGCAGCAGCAGCAGCAGCGGCAGUGGCAGUGGCAGCAACAUCAUCAACAAAUCGGGCAACGAUGUCAUCUUGCAACAAGAAAUAAAUGCGGCAUCAAUAAAUGCACGCAGAGAAAUAACAUAUCAAAUACGUUUUAAAUGAAAAAAACACCCCCUUAAGGCUAACAACCCGGGAAAACAAUAAAAGUGUCUGAGCCAUUAAUUACCCCAUAAAAGAUUUUAUUAAUUAGUCCCACACUUAGUUUUAACACAAUGCACGUUUCUUGAAGGCAGCUAAAAAAAUGUGGAACUCUUAACAAUUUAUUAAGUACUUAAAAAAGAGAUGGUAAAAAUUAUACAACUAUGAAAUUAAACUUUACGACAGUUUCAGCACCAAACAUACCAACACGAACUUACUAAUUAUUUUGGCUUGCAUAUUUUUUUUUAUUUUCUACAAGUUUGAAUAGAUUUUUAUCUUUAAAAAAAACUAAAGAUAAGAUAAUUACUUUAUACUAUGCUUAAAGAAAGACUUAGCAGCAUAUCAUUAUAAUCUUUUCACAUGAUUAAAGUAAUAGUUUCCCUUUGAGUCAAAAGUGUGGAAGUUAAUAAGAUGUUUGUAUAUUGAUCAUUUCACUAUAUUGAUUGAUGUUUUCCCAUGUGUACUCGCCACCAAUCUCCCCUAAGAGUUAAGAGUCUUUAAGGAAAAGAAAAAAAGUGUGCGGUUGUUGUGGGGAGUGUGUGUGCACACCACCAAUUGGGGUCAGUGAAAAGCUUUUAAAAUGUUAACGCUAUUUUAAAUACGAUAUGUUGCUAUGACUAUGAGUAUGGGUAUGGGUAGGGGGUAUGGUGUUUAGGUAUAUGACUAUACCUCUGCCGCCUGCAAAAAUUUAGUCAUCCCCAUCUUCCCAACGCCAUAGACAUAGACAUGGCCAUAGCCAUCGCCAUCGUCAAACGACAGUAAAAGCGAAGCGAUGGUAAUGAUGAUUGUGAUGAUGAUGUUGCUAAAACAAGACGCCAGUUGCGGACUCCGGACGCUUCCAAUAUGCAAAGUAAUCACAACACAAAAAACAAACUAAACGGCAUGGGAGAGAAAAAGGGGUGUGUGAAAUGGAAAUGUGAACCAUAUGCAAAUCGCGAAUCGUUUGCCGGAAUGUGUCUAUAAAUUUCGAUGUUUUAGUGAAAUUACUACGGUGAAAACUAUAUGCCAUCAGCAUUGACGAAAACUUGAAAAUUGCGGUUAAUUGUUUUUUUUUUGUUACUUUGUUUUUGUUGUUAAACAAAAUCCAAAACACCUUCAUAUGCUGGGAAUAAUGCAAAGAAACGCCUGACAAUGGAUUACUACUACAACCGGAGGGAUGUCAAGAUAACCCAACUCAAGAACAUUGAGCUAAUCAACAAUACGAAAAAUGCACAUAAAUCAGCGCUCGAGAUGCGCACAACAAUGAAGAGCAGCCAGCCGAAUGGAUUGGAUGAUGCUCAUGCUCAUGCUCCUACUCGCAUGAGGGCCCCCGACGAGAUGAGGGCCAACACUUGGAUGACGACGCUGCUAACCAGCCAUACUACAGCAGCCAAAUCGAAGGACUCCAAUUCGGAUACGGACUCGGCGUUGUCCUCGGCCCCGCCCUCCAUCAGCCCGCAGCCGCCAUCUAGCGGAUCCGACAGCGGCGUGAUUUGGCAGACUCUGCAGGACCUCGACAAGUUGCAAAAGGAAGCGGAAAUGUACCAGAAGGAGAACGAACGCCUGCAAACGGAGGUGCAGCUGAUGAAACAAGAACUGGAUGCCGCGGAAAAGGCGGUCAUGUGCAGUGGGAAAAAGCAGGCACAGAUCGCAGAGCUAAUGCAGCGAAUCCAGGAGCUGGAGGAGAAGCAGACGAGUUACGAGGACGAGACCAGCGAGCUGAGAGAACAGAAUGAACUCCUCGAGUUUCGCAUACUGGAGCUGGAAGAUGAUAGCGAUAAGAUGGAGAGCACAUGCGAGGGCCACUGCCAGAGUCUGCAGGAUCUGCUAGAGCAGUCUGCCCAGCAACUGGAGGACCGGGACAAACGCUGUCUACAGCAAUUGCUGCAGUGCGUCCAGCAAUUGGAUCUGGAUGCCAUGAUGCCAGGCGAUCAGAACCGGACGGAAGCUACACGGAGGCACAACCCAACCCAAAGUCACAAUCACAGUCAGAGUCACAAUCACAGGAUCGUAGCCACUGUUCAGCCUUAUAGCAACUGUGCCACGCCCACAGCUCCGCCUACGCCCAGUAAGAGGCACUGCAGCCAGGUUAGCUCUUGGCAGAGCAGCAGCCUCAGCGAGAGUGGAGUGUUUGUGGAAUGCGAUCUGCCUUCGAAUCCUGUGAGUCACCCGCAUUUGCAGUUCUACCAGGAGAGAUUGGAGCAGCUUGAGGGCAAGCUCCUGAUCUACGAGAGCAGUGGUGAGACCCAGGCAAGGCACUUGGCCCAGAGAUUGCAGAGAGAACUGCAGCUGGAGAAGGAUCUCAAGGACCUAGGUGAUCGGGUGGAACUGCUAACCGAACAAAACGCCCAGUUAGAGGAGGCCAAGUGCGAGUUCGAGGAGGCGGAGAACGACACUCGACUUCAUUUGCAGCGCAACGAGGUGGAACUGGAAAUCCUUCGCCAGCGCAACGUGGAGUUGGAGUUUGGCAAGGAAGCGCUGGGUGCCAAAUAUCAAGAUUGCAGGGCAGAGGUUCUGAUCCUGCGUGAAGAUCUUGUGGCAGCUGAAACCCAGUUAGAGCAUUUGCAGACCGAAAGAAAGCAAGCCAGAAAAGAGCUUCAGGAUCUGCGAAGAUCGCUUCCAUUGCUACUGUUCUAUCGUUUGUUAUCAUUAGCCAAGAUGGGCAGUAACGUAUCCUCUCCGGAAGUCAGUCCCCGUCUCUCCUCGGGCUAUACAAGCUCAGCCUUAGGUGGUCAAACUUCCAGCGCUAAAAUUCAUACAACGGACUUUGGCCUCCGUCAAGCGGGCUAUACCGAUACCGGUGAGGCUCGUGAGGUCACUUACCUAAAAGAGGAAAUCAAGAGCCUGCGCAGCCAACUCAAAGAGCUCAAUGCCAGGCACUACGAGGCCAUGGAGACGGCUGAUUCCCACUGGGUCGAUUUGGAGCAGCAGUACAAGGAGCGUGAGGAGGCCUACCGAUCCAAGGAGGCAAGUCUUAAGCAGAAGAUAACUCAGUUGCAGGAUUGCCUGAGGGACGAUUCCCGGGCUGCCACCGAAAAGAUCCAACAGCUAGAGGAGGGCGAACAGGCACUAAAGACCUGCCUGGUUCGCAUGACCAAGGAGCACCGCGAUCUGCUCACCGAAAAUCGCACCCUGCAGUGCAGUAUGGAGAGCGUGAUGGCCAAAAUAGAACUGGAGGCAGUGAACAAGAUGCCCCUAACAGAGGCUUUGGAAACCGAAAGGCGAAGGAGCCAGGCCUUAAUGGAUGACCUGACCUUUGCCAAGAAGGUCCAGCAGAACACCGAAGAUCAGCUGAGACAGGAGACGGAUGCUCUGCGCUCCCAGAUCUUCGACAUCAAAAAGGAAUACAUGCACAUUGAGGUGACUAAUAGCGAACUGAAGGAAGAGGUGGGCACGUUGGAGAACAAGAUCCGCCAGAUGGAAACGCAGAUGAAGGAUUCAGAAGAACGGGCACGCUGCCUGGAGGACGAGCUACGUACCAAGGACGAACAGUGCCAGCUCAUGGAAAGAAAACUGGGCGUUAUUCCCGAAGGUUACAGCCUGGCGGAUGAGCUCUAUGACAGUCCUGCUAAGCGGGCCAAAAAGGAUGAAGUCCCAAGUCUGCAGGCCGCCAGCCAAGGACUUGGUGUAGCUCUGCUCGACCUAGAGGGCCGUGAUUUUGAUCUGCCCCUCCACAAGGACUUCCAAGCGAUUGCCUGCAGCGUGAAGCAUCUGGCGGACACCCUUCUCUCCCAGAGUCCGUCCGAGGUGAGUGUAAUUCCCAGCCAGCCGGUCAAGGCAGCUGAAGCGGAACAUGAAGACUCCAGUUGGGCCUCGGUCCAGGAUGUCUCAACAACUAGAUUAAGUGGAACAGGUCUAUCGACUGUGACAAGUAUAGAAAGUCAGGUUGUUCAAGAAACUCAGGCAUGUGAAGGAAGUCCAGAAGGUCAGGUCAUGCAAGAAUGUCAGGGAAGUCAGGAAGAAAGUUAUCUAAGUAUUCAGGCAUCCUCAUCCCGGUCAAGGGGUUUUAAGGUCAACCAAUCCGCUCAAAAACCGGGGCGUUUCCGUGGAGGAGCGGAUAGCCGGACCAAUCUUAAGCAACUGACGGUAAUUAAAUCGCCGAAGGAUAAUGAAAAGAUAAUCUCUGAGGUACCCCCUGAGAUGAGGGAACUGAUCAUAGAGGAUGAUAAUUUGGAGGAUAAAUUGGUUGCUGACAAGAAGAGCAAAAAGCGUCAGAAGGAGGCCAAGGAGGAACAACCAAUCCCACAACGACACCAGCGAUCCAUGUUACGUCGUUUCAUCUUCAGGCGCAUUUACCGUCAACGCAUCCGAUCUAAGCUUCACCCGCUCCAACAAAGCCUCUCCGGCAACAGUUUCCACUCGUUAAUGUCAGUUCACACGGCCCACUCGGCCAGAUCGGGGGUUUCCCUGUACUCCCUGCAUGCUGAAGUUGUCAAUAAUGACUGGGAAUCACUAGCCAGCGUGUCCUUUGUACAAACGAACGAGGUGACAAGUUCAGAGGAGAAGAUUCAGGCCACGCCGUCUUGCAGUGAGCAGGAAGUUCAGGUCCAACCAGAAACCAUUGAGACAGGAACACAGGCUGAUGUGGGUGUGGAACAGCGACUACUUCUGAUGCCCCAGAGAACUAGGUGCUUUAUAAAUCUUCUUCAAGGCUCCGUGGAUGGUUACUUCGAUUUAUCUACCUUCCGGACUCGCCUUCUUCAUUUGUGGGAGGAUGAAGAAGACUUCCGUGAGCAUCUCGAGUUUCUACAGGACACAUGGACGGAAAAGAAUCACCAAGGAUCCCUAGAGAGCUACGAGGGAUUUGUGGCCGCUCUUAAAUGUGUGCGUAGCCUAAAGACUGCCCUUAAGCCCGCCACCUCGCCGCUUUUAGAUGACAUCGAGCAGGUUAUCCUUGGCCGACUGGUGUUCUAUCACAACCAAAAGGUGGAGUCGGAGUUCUGCUGCACCGUCUACAUACCCGUGGAGCGUAGCAAUUCCACGUUGUUCAGGAGUCCCAAAUGAGGACAUUCACCACACUCACAACUUCGAUGUAAAAACUCCCCACAUAAAUGUAAAUUAAAGGCUGCCAUAUAUGCGAUCUUCA